CUCAGGAAAUGCUUUGCUGGUCUGCUGAAGAAGAAGUAAAGGUCCUCUGUCUUGGUUAAAAGUCUUCAACUGAUUGGAUUAAAUCCAGCUGAUUGGGCGGGCUCUGGUCGCCUUCGGACGUCAUGGCGGGCCCGAUAAGGGGCGCUGGGUCUGGGGCGCUGGACCUGCUCCGGGGCCUGCCGCGUGUCAGCCUCGGCAACUUAAAGCCGAACCCCGGCUCCAGAAAACCGGCGAGAAGACCAAGGGGUCGGAGAAGAGGUAGAAAGUGUGGCAGAGGCCAUAAAGGAGAAAGGCAGAGGGGUACCCGGCCCCGACUGGGCUUUGAGGGAGGCCAGACCCCGUUUUACCUCCGAAUCCCAAAAUACGGGUUUAAUGAAGGACAUAGCUUCAGACGCCAGUACCAGCCCUUGAGUCUCAAUAGAUUGCAGUAUCUUAUUGAUUUGGGUCUAGUUGAUCCUACGCAGCCUAUUGACUUAACCCAGCUUGUCAAUGGCAGGGGUGUGACAAUCCAGCCACUUAAAAGGGAUUACGGUGUCCAGCUUGUAGAGGAGGGGGCUGACACCUUUAAGGCGAAAGUUAAUAUUGAAGUACAGUUGGCUUCAGAACUAGCCAUUGCUGCAAUUGAAAAAAAUGGUGGUGUUGUUACGACAGCUUUCUAUGACCCAAGGAGUCUGGAAAUUCUAUGUAAGCCAGUUCCUUUCUUUUUGCGUGGACAACCCAUUCCAAAACGUAUGCUUCCACCUGAAUCCCUAGUGCCCUAUUAUACUGACGCAAAGAACCGUGGCUAUCUGGCAGAUCCUGGCAAAUUUCCUGAAGCAAGACUUGAGCUCGCCAAGAAGUACGGUUAUAUCUUACCUGAUGUCACCAAAGAUGAGCUCUUCAGGAUGUUAAGCACUCGAAAGGACCCAAGGCAGAUUUUCUUCGGUCUUGCUCCAGGAUGGGUAGUGAAUAUGGCUGAUAAGAAAAUCUUAAAACCCACAGAUGAGCAUCUCCUCAAAUACUACAGCUCAUGAACAACCUUCCAAGAGCAGAGUUGUUAAAGAACACUGUACAAGGGCCUGAAAUACAGGUGUUUCUCAUUAUAUCUUCCUAAUGGGUAAUUCUCCAGAUGUAGAUGUUACUUUUCAGCAUAACUGUGUCUCUUUUUCAUUUUUAUCUGAAUGUAAAAUAAAAAUUCUGUAAACAAAGACUAUGUAGAGAAACUGAAUCUGUGUGGGGUCUAUCUUAAUUAAUUAACAUGCAGACUCCCUGGUGGUCUGCCAAAGGAAGAUUUUAACUGUUUUGACUAUUUCCAGUCAGGUCUUUUCAUCCUGCCUUGUCUUGGUACUGGUACAAAUUGAAACGAGCUUGCAGGUUCCACUGGGAUUGAAGUGUCACCCUGCCCAGCCAAGGCUCCUUAGGAGCCUCUGGGAAACGCUGCCACCCAGUGUCAACUCAGGAGAAUAAGAUCAGGAAUGUGAGUUUAAGGCUUUAGGGCUGGUGAGUAGCUUCUAAGUAAUUCAAAAUUUGCCAGCAAAAUUGAAGGUUAGAGAAACAGAAAUUUCAAGGAAUUCGUUUUCCCAAUUUUGUUGAUUAGAGGGGACAAUAAUGGUUAAG